AUGGCUCUCGUCGGAGUCGACUUUCAGGCUCCUCUCCGAACCGUCUGCCGUGUGCAGUUCGGAAUUUUGGGACCCGAGGAGAUUAAACGAAUGUCAGUGGCUCAUGUCGAGUUUCCCGAGGUCUACGAGAACGGAAAACCCAAAAUGGGCGGUCUGAUGGACCCGCGCCAGGGAGUGAUUGAUCGUCGUGGAAGAUGUAUGACAUGUGCUGGAAAUCUCACCGACUGCCCCGGCCAUUUCGGUCAUUUAGAACUGGCGAAGCCCGUUUUUCACAUUGGAUUCCUCACAAAAUCCCUCAAAAUCCUUCGUUGCGUCUGCUUCUACUGCGGACGUCUUCUGAUUGAUAAGACGAAUCCACGUGUCAUGGAUAUUCUCAAAAAGACGAGUGGGAAUCCGAAGAAGCGACUGGCGCUGAUCUAUGAUCUCUGCAAAUCGAAAUCCGUGUGUGAGGGUGCCGCAGAGAAGGAGGAUGGACUGCCAGAUGAUAUGGAUGAUCCGAUGAAUGAGGGCAAGAAGGUUCCAGCCGGUUGUGGUCGCUACCAACCAUCGUACCGUCGUGUCGGCAUCGACAUCAACGCCGAAUGGAAGAAGAACGUCAACGAGGACACCCAAGAGCGCAAAAUCAUGUUGACAGCCGAGCGAGUGCUGGAAGUGUUCAAACAAAUCACAGACGAAGACAUCCUGGUCAUCGGAAUGGACCCCCAGUUCGCACGUCCCGAAUGGAUGAUUUGUACCGUACUCCCGGUGCCGCCUCUUGCAGUUCGACCGGCUGUCGUCACAUUUGGAUCGGCGAAAAAUCAAGAUGAUUUAACACACAAGCUAUCGGAUAUCAUUAAAACCAAUCAGCAGCUGCAGAGAAACGAGGCGAACGGAGCGGCGGCUCAUGUGCUCACUGAUGAUGUUCGAUUGCUACAGUACCAUGUGGCAACACUUGUAGAUAAUUGCAUUCCAGGUCUCCCAACAGCCACCCAAAAAGGCGGCCGCCCCCUGAAAUCCAUUAAACAACGUCUGAAAGGAAAGGAGGGUCGAAUCCGUGGAAAUCUCAUGGGAAAACGUGUCGAUUUCUCCGCGCGUACCGUAAUCACAGCCGAUCCUAACCUUCCCAUCGAUACUGUAGGCGUGCCCAGAACGAUUGCUCAGAAUCUAACGUUCCCGGAGAUUGUGACGCCUUUCAACGUGGACAAGCUUCAGGAGCUGGUAAAUCGCGGUGAUACACAGUACCCGGGUGCCAAGUACAUUAUCAGAGAGAACGGGGCUCGCGUGGAUUUGAGAUAUCAUCCGAGGGCGGCGGAUUUGCACUUGCAGCCGGGAUACCGAGUGGAACGGCAUAUGAAGGACGGGGAUAUCAUUGUUUUCAAUCGACAACCCACUCUCCAUAAAAUGUCCAUGAUGGGACAUCGAGUCAAGAUUCUUCCAUGGUCCACGUUCCGCAUGAACCUGUCUGUCACCUCACCGUACAACGCUGAUUUCGAUGGUGAUGAGAUGAAUCUGCAUUUGCCGCAGAGUUUGGAGACGAGAGCCGAGAUUGAGGAGAUUGCCAUGGUGCCGAGACAACUCAUCACGCCACAAGCCAACAAACCAGUCAUGGGUAUCGUGCAGGACACCCUCUGCGCCGUCCGUAUGAUGACCAAACGUGACAUCUUCAUCGAUUGGCCAUUCAUGAUGGAUCUCCUGAUGUACCUCCCGACUUGGGACGGAAAAGUGCCCCAGCCGGCGAUUCUGAAGCCAAAACCGCUGUGGACCGGCAAACAAGUCUUCUCUCUGAUCAUUCCAGGAAACGUGAACGUCCUGAGAACCCACAGUACCCAUCCGGACUCUGAGGACUCUGGCCCGUACAAAUGGAUCUCCCCUGGGGACACCAAAGUGCUGAUUGAGCACGGAGAACUGUUAUCUGGAAUUGUUUGCUCGAAAACUGUGGGAAAGUCGGCUGGAAACUUGUUGCACGUCGUCGCUCUGGAGUUGGGACACGAGAUUGCGGCCAACUUCUACUCCCAUAUUCAAACUGUGAUCAAUGCGUGGCUGCUGAGAGAAGGACACACCAUCGGCAUCGGAGACACGAUUGCGGAUCAAUCGACGUAUCUGGAUAUUCAGAAUACGAUUCGAAAGGCGAAACAAGACGUCGUGGAUGUUAUCGAGAAGGCGCACAACGAUGAUUUGGAGCCGACGCCUGGAAACACGCUCCGACAGACGUUCGAGAAUAAAGUGAAUCAGAUUCUCAACGACGCUCGUGAUCGAACGGGAAGCUCCGCCCAGAAAUCGCUGUCUGAGUUCAAUAACUUCAAAUCGAUGGUCGUUUCGGGUUCGAAGGGAUCCAAGAUUAAUAUUUCGCAGGUCAUCGCCUGUGUGGGUCAACAGAACGUGGAAGGAAAGCGUAUUCCAUUCGGUUUCCGUCACCGCACGCUUCCGCACUUCAUCAAAGACGACUACGGACCAGAAUCGAAAGGAUUCGUCGAGAAUUCCUAUCUCGCCGGCCUAACGCCUUCUGAAUUCUUCUUCCACGCGAUGGGAGGACGUGAAGGUUUGAUUGAUACGGCUGUGAAGACUGCCGAGACUGGAUACAUCCAGCGUCGUCUCAUCAAAGCCAUGGAGAGUGUCAUGGUCAAUUACGAUGGUACAGUAAGAAACUCGUUGGCUCAAAUGGUCCAGCUGAGAUAUGGAGAGGAUGGUUUGGAUGGAAUGUGGGUCGAGAAUCAGAAUAUGCCGACGAUGAAGCCGAAUAAUGCCGUGUUUGAGAGGGAUUUUAGAAUGGACCUAACCGACAACAAGUUCCUGCGCAAAAACUACUCUGAAGACGUCGUUCGCGAGAUCCAAGAGGCCCAGGACGGCAUCUCGCUCGUCGAGUCCGAAUGGUCGCAACUCGAAGAGGAUCGACGUCUCCUGCGAAAGAUCUUCCCUCGCGGUGACGCCAAAAUCGUGCUCCCCUGUAACCUGCAACGUCUCAUCUGGAACGCUCAGAAGAUCUUCAAAGUGGACCUUCGGAAGCCAGUGAACCUCUCGCCCCUCCACGUCAUCAACGGCGUUCGGGAGCUGUCGAAGAAGCUGAUCAUCGUGAGUGGCAACGAUGAGAUCUCGAAGCAGGCGCAGUACAACGCCACAUUGCUCAUGAAUAUCCUCCUACGAUCCACGCUCUGCACGAAGAAGAUGUGCACCAGUGCGAAGCUCAACACGGAGGCGUUCGAUUGGCUGUUAGGAGAAAUCGAGACUCGCUUCCAACAGGCUAUUGCCCAGCCCGGAGAGAUGGUCGGAGCACUGGCAGCGCAGUCUCUGGGAGAACCGGCCACUCAGAUGACGUUGAACACCUUCCAUUAUGCUGGAGUGUCUGCCAAGAACGUUACGUUGGGAGUCCCAAGAUUAAAGGAGAUUAUCAAUGUAUCCAAACAGCUCAAGACCCCAUCCCUUACCGUAUUCCUCACUGGAGCCGCUGCCAAGGAUCCUGAGAAGGCGAAGGAUGUGCUCUGUAAGCUGGAGCACACAACUCUGAAGAAAGUCACUUGCAACACUGCGAUCUACUACGAUCCGGAUCCGAAGAACACGGUGAUUGCUGAGGAUGAGGAGUGGGUAUCGAUUUUCUACGAGAUGCCGGAUCACGAUCUGACGAGAACGUCGCCAUGGUUGCUCAGAAUCGAGCUGGAUCGGAAGAGAAUGGUUGAUAAGAAGCUGACGAUGGAAAUGAUUGCGGAUAGAAUCCACGGAGGAUUUGGACAGGAUGUGCACACGAUUUAUACAGAUGACAACGCUGAGAAACUAGUUUUCCGGCUUCGAAUCGCUGGAGAGGACAAGGGAGCCGAGGGACAGGAGGAGCAGGUUGAUAAGAUGGAGGAUGACGUCUUCUUGAGAUGCAUUGAAGCCAACAUGCUCUCAGAUCUCACUCUCCAGGGUAUUCCAGCAAUCUCAAAGGUCUACAUGAAUCAGCCUAACACUGAUGAUAAGAAACGAAUCAUCAUCACGCCGGAGGGAGGAUUCAAGGCGGUGGCCGAUUGGAUUCUGGAGACUGAUGGAACUGCGCUGCUCAGAGUUCUUUCCGAGAGACAGAUCGAUCCGGUUCGAACGACGUCUAACGAUAUCUGCGAGAUCUUUGAGGUGCUGGGAAUUGAAGCUGUGCGAAAGUCGAUUGAGAAGGAAAUGGACAACGUCAUCUCGUUCGACGGAUCCUAUGUGAACUAUCGGCACUUGGCGCUUCUUUGUGAUGUGAUGACGGCGAAGGGACACUUGAUGGCUAUCACACGUCAUGGUAUCAACAGACAGGAAGUUGGAGCGCUGAUGAGAUGUUCGUUCGAGGAGACUGUCGAUAUUUUGAUGGAGGCGUCCGUGCAUGCCGAGGUGGAUCCGGUUAAAGGAGUCUCGGAGAACAUUAUGCUCGGACAGCUGGCUCGUUGCGGUACCGGAUGCUUCGAUUUGGUGUUGGACGUGGAGAAGUGCAAGCACGGAAUGGAGAUUCCGCAGAACGUCGUCAUGGGCGCCGGAAUCUACGGUGGCGGAUUCGCCGGAUCACCAUCCCGUGAAUUCUCUCCAGCCCAUUCUCCAUGGAAUUCGGGAGUGACACCAAACUACUCGGGACCAUGGUCCCCGACCGGUGGAAUGUCUCCAAGUGCCGGAUUCUCGCCAGCCGGAAACCUCGACGGAGGUGCGUCGCCAUUCAACGAGGGAGGAUGGUCACCAGCGUCUCCAGGAGAUCCUCUGGGAGCUCUCUCGCCAAGAACCCCAGCCUACGGUGGAAUGUCCCCGGGUGUCUACUCUCCAGCAUCCCCCGGAUUCUCAAUGACAUCUCCUCACUACUCGCCAACGUCGCCAAGCUAUUCGCCAACGUCGCCAGCGCAUCAUGGGCAAUCGCCAGUGUCGCCGAGCUACUCUCCAACGUCGCCGAGCUAUAGCCCUACUAGUCCGAGCUACAGUCCGACUAGCCCCAGUUAUAGUCCAACGAGCCCGAGCUACUCGCCGACGUCGCCAAGCUAUAGUCCAACGUCGCCAAGCUACAGUCCGACGAGUCCAAGCUACAGUCCGACCAGCCCGAGCUACUCUCCAUCGAGCCCAAGAUACUCGCCAACGUCACCGACGUAUAGUCCAACAAGUCCAACCUACUCGCCAACGUCGCCAACAUACUCUCCAACGUCGCCGACGUAUUCUCCAACGUCUCCAAGCUACGAGGGCUACUCGCCGUCGUCACCAAAGUACUCCCCAUCGUCGCCAACCUAUUCGCCGACGUCUCCAUCGUACAGUCCGACGUCGCCACAGUACUCGCCGACGAGUCCACAGUACAGUCCGAGCUCGCCGACGUACACCCCAUCGUCGCCGACCUACAAUCCAACGUCGCCACGUGCGUUCUCGUCUCCACAGUACUCUCCGACGUCGCCAACGUACUCCCCGACGUCUCCAUCGUACACACCGUCGUCGCCACAGUACUCCCCAACGUCGCCGACCUAUACGCCAAGUCCGGCCGAUCAACCGGGCACUUCCAAUCAGUACUCUCCAUCGUCACCAACGUACUCCCCGUCGUCGCCAACCUACUCGCCGGCAUCACCAUCCUACAGUCCAUCGUCGCCAACGUACGAUCCACAGAAUUGA